AACAGGGAAUAUGUAUCCGAUUCCGAAACCGAUCCUGAUUCAAUCGAAAUGAGUGAGGGAGAAGGCAGUGGACAAACUCCUGAGAGACUACAAACUGGAGUGCAGCAAGGUUCUGCAACAUCUAGACUCAAGAGAAAAGCCUCCGAUGACGUAGAAAUGGUUCCUGCCAGUCUGUUGGAGAGAGCGAGGGAAAAGAAUUCUAAACUUGCUGCUCAAGUAUGCAGGCUAAAAGCCGAAAUCCCAGACUGCAGAAAAAGCUGGGAGGAUCUGGAGAAACAGAUCUCAAUAUUUGAGUCGAUAAAAAGGAUUUUGAGGAGGUUAAAUCCUAACUCAGUGAUGUGAGCAACAAAUUGGUUUCAUUGGAGAUGGUCAUUAUGUCUUCCCUAGUUUCCCAUCAACUGCCGUCAAUAGAAGCAUAGUUUUCAUCAUUCAAGAUGCUAGAGAAGCCGGCUUGGGCGUACCUACAACAUAGUGGAUCAUUGUUACAUUAUUUGAGAGUUACAUGUCUUAUACUACC